GGCUCAGCGCGGACGGCGGAGAGAGGGAGGCGGAAGGAGGACACCCUCGAUCGCUAGCUCCCACCCGCACCCGGGCUCCCAGAACCGGCGAGGAGCCCAGGGGGAGGAGCCGUCGCGGGUACGCCCCGCCCCCGGCCCGGGAAGACGACGCCAGAGACCCCGCCGGCCGGCCACCGCCCCCCUCGCCGGCCGAGACCCGCCCCUGGCCCCGGCCCUCCCCCGGCGGCAUGGAGGGGCCCCGCUCUUGACGGCCGCGCCACCGCCUCGGCCCGUACUCCACCUCGCGGCCCCUCCCGCCCGCCCCCGCUCGCAUGUCUGCGCCGCCCUAGCCGAGGAUGCUGAGGAUGAAGCUGCCGCUGAAGCCAACGCACCCCGCGGAGCCGCCGCCCGAGGCGGAGGAGCCCGAGGCGGACGCGCGGCCGGGCGCGAAGGCGCCUUCGCGCCGCCGCCGCGACUGCCGCCCCCCGCCGCCGCCGCCGCCCGCGGGCCCGUCGCGGGGCCCUCUGCCGCCGCCGCCGCCGCCGCCCCGGGGACUCGGGCCGCCUGUUGCUGGUGGAGCGGCGGCGGGGGCGGGUAUGCCGGGCGGCGGCGGGGGGCCCUCGGCGGCGCUGCGCGAGCAGGAGCGGGUAUACGAGUGGUUCGGGCUGGUGCUGGGCUCGGCACAGCGCCUGGAGUUCAUGUGCGGGCUGCUGGACCUGUGCAACCCGCUGGAGCUGCGCUUCCUCGGCUCGUGCCUGGAGGACCUGGCGCGCAAGGACUACCACUACCUGCGCGACUCGGAGGCCAAGGCCAACGGCCUCUCGGACCCGGGGCCGCUGGCCGACUUCCGAGAGCCCGCGGUGCGCUCGCGCCUUAUCGUCUACCUGGCGCUGCUGGGCUCGGAGAACCGGGAGGCCGCUGGCCGUCUGCACCGCCUGCUACCCCAGGUGGACUCGGUGCUCAAAAGCCUGCGCGCGGCCCGGGGCGAGGGCUCGCGGGGCGGCGCGGAGGACGAGCGCGGCGAGGACGGCGACGGUGAGCAGGACGCCGAGAAGGACGGCUCGGGCCCGGAAGGCGGCAUUGUGGAGCCCCGGGUCGGCAGCGGGCUCGGCUCCAGGGCCCAGGAGGAACUGCUGCUGCUCUUCACCAUGGCCUCGCUGCACCCGGCUUUCUCCUUCCACCAGCGGGUCACCCUGAGGGAACACUUGGAGAGGCUCCGCGCCGCGCUCCGCGGGGGCCCCGAGGACGCGGAGGUGGAGGUAGAGCCGUGCAAGUUUGCCGGCCCCAGGGCCCAGAACAACUCUGCUCAUGGUGAUUACAUGCAAAAUAACGAGAGCAGCUUAAUAGAGCAAGCUCCAAUACCUCAGGACGGACUUACCGUGGCACCUCACAGAGCUCAGCGAGAAGCUGUACACAUUGAGAAGAUAAUGUUGAAAGGAGUCCAGAGAAAAAGAGCUGACAAAUACUGGGAGUACACUUUCAAAGUAAAUUGGUCUGAUCUUUCAGUCACAACAGUAACAAAAACCCACCAAGAACUACAGGAAUUUCUACUGAAGCUUCCAAAGGAACUGUCUUCAGAGACUUUUGACAAGACCAUCUUAAGAGCUCUGAAUCAGGGUUCCUUGAAAAGGGAGGAACGGCGACAUCCUGACCUAGAGCCCAUCCUAAGGCAGCUAUUUUCAAGUUCAUCACAAGCUUUUCUACAAAGUCAGAAAGUACACAGCUUCUUUCAGUCCAUAUCAUCAGACUCCCUACACAGUCUCAAUAACUUACAAUCCUCUCUGAAGACUUCUAAGAUAUUAGAACACUUAAAAGAAGACAGCUCUGAAGCUUCAAGUCAAGAAGAAGAUGUGUUGCAGCACGCCAUAAUCCACAAGAAGCAUACUGGGAAAAGUCCCGUUGUGAACAAUAUUGGUACAAGUUGUUCUCCAUUGGAUGGGCUUACCAUACAAUAUUCUGAACAGAAUGGAAUUGUGGAUUGGAGAAAGCAAAGCUGUACCACCAUUCAGCACCCAGAGCACUGUGUGACCUCAGCUGACCAGCAUUCUGCUGAAAAACGGAGUUUAUCUUCAAUAAAUAAGAAGAAAGGAAAGCCACAAACAGAAAAGGAGAAAAUUAAGAAAACUGACAACAGAUUGAAUAGUAGAAUAAAUGGUAUUAGACUCUCCACUCCUCAGCAUGCCCACGGUGGUACUGUGAAAGAUGUGAAUUUGGACAUUGGCUCUGGACAUGACACAUGUGGAGAAACAUCUUCGGAGAGUUACAGUUCUCCAUCUAGUCCCCGACAUGAUGGAAGAGAAAGUUUGGAAAGUGAAGAAGAGAAAGACAGAGACACAGACAGCAAUUCUGAGGAUUCUGGGAAUCCAUCAACAACUAGGUUUACAGGUUACGGUUCUGUCAACCAGACUGUCACUGUCAAGCCACCUGUUCAAAUUGCUUCACUAGGAAAUGAAAAUGGCAACCUUUUAGAAGAUCCCUUAAACUCACCCAAGUAUCAGCAUAUUUCUUUUAUGCCAACUUUACACUGUGUCAUGCACAAUGGUGCCCAGAAGUCUGAAGUCGUCGUUCCUGCACCCAAACCCGCUGAUGGCAAAACCAUAGGGAUGCUUGUUCCUAGUCCUGUUGCUAUUUCUGCAAUAAGGGAGUCCGCAAAUUCAACCCCUGUUGGAAUACUAGGGCCAACAGCUUCCACUGGAGAAUCGGAAAAGCACCUUGAGUUACUGGCUUCCCCUUUACCUAUUCCAUCAACCUUCCUUCCACACAGUAGUGCUCCCGCUUUGCAUCUAACAGUUCAGAGGCUAAAGUUGCCACCACCACAGGGAUCUUCUGAGAGCUGCACAGUUAACAUCCCACAACAACCACCCGGAAGUCUGAGCAUCGCAUCACCAAACACUGCCUUUAUUCCUAUCCAUAACCCAGGUAGUUUCCCAGGCUCUCCUGUUGCUACCACGGACCCCAUCACAAAAUCUGCAUCCCAAGUGGUAGGACUCAAUCAAAUGGUGCCUCAAAUUGAGGGAAACACAGGGACAGUCCCUCAGCCUACCAAUGUGAAGGUAGUUCUUCCAGCAGCUGGCCUCUCAGCUGCUCAGCCACCAGCUUCCUACCCCUUAGCAGGGUCUCCCCUUGCUGCCGGCGUGUUACCCAGCCAGAACUCCAGUGUGCUCAGCACAGCAGCAACUUCCCCCCAGCCAGCGAGCGCAGGUAUCAGCCAGGCCCAGGCGACUGUUCCUCCUGCGGUUCCUACCCACACCCCAGGCCCUGCCCCAAGCCCGAGUCCUGCCUUGACACACAGUACCGCGCAGAGUGACAGCACCUCUUACAUCAGUGCUGUGGGGAACACGAACGCUAAUGGGACAGUAGUGCCACCACAGCAGAUGGGCUCAGGUCCUUGUGGUUCUUGUGGGCGAAGGUGCAGCUGUGGGACCAAUGGAAACCUUCAGCUAAAUAGUUACUAUUAUCCUAAUCCAAUGCCUGGACCAAUGUACCGAGUCCCUUCAUUCUUUACUCUGCCAUCCAUUUGCAAUGGCAGCUACCUCAACCAAGCACAUCAGAGCAAUGGAAACCAACUUCCUUUUUUUCUGCCUCAGACUCCAUAUGCAAAUGGACUGGUACAUGACCCAGUCAUGGGGAGCCAAGCCAACUAUGGCAUGCAGCAGAUGGCAGGAUUUGGGAGAUUCUAUCCUGUAUAUCCAGCACCUAACGUAGUUGCCAACACCAGUGGUUCGGGGCCCAAGAAGAAUGGGAAUGUCUCAUGUUACAAUUGUGGUGUAAGCGGACACUAUGCACAGGACUGUAAGCAGUCGUCCAUGGAGGCCAAUCAACAAGGCACUUACAGACUGAGAUACGCACCUCCCCUCCCCCCUUCUAAUGAUACGUUGGAUUCUGCAGACUGAAACGAGUAAAGCUUGCCUACUUAAUACACUCAAGUGUGGGGAGUCAUGGGGUGUGGAGGGGAGGAAAGGAAAGGUAUUUUGUUUCUUUGUCUAUACAUUUCCUAGAUUUCUAUGCAGUUGAGAUUUUUCAUUUCCCUUGUACCAAUGUCCAAAACAAGAAAGAAUGCAAUGCUUUUGAGCCUCUGGUCUCCUGGUUCAACAACAGGCUUAUAUGUAUGAUACAUGUAAUUUAAACCUUCAGACAAACUAUCAAAAGGAAAAUGUUGGUGCGUGCUUUUUUUUUUUUUUUUUUUUACACUGAAUACUUGCUGUGUGCAAUGUUUACUGAAUCUUUAAAACUGUGUAUUUGACCUUUUUUUACAACACUGGUGACAGUCAUAUGGUUUUGAAAAAAAAAGAAAUUUUGCUUCUUCCCAGCUUUUCUCACUUUCACCCUAAACGACACUUUCCUCCCCAGCCAGCCUCGCUCUGUCCCCGGCCCGCAGCAGGAGCAGCCAGCAGUGCAUUCACCCCACUUUUGUAAACUGCUCUGCAUAUAAACCAAGGGCAGAAUGUUUCACCCUGAUCUUAUGGGUGGAAUCAGACUCCCAAAAUAGUGUGUAUAUGUGUAAUAAACAGCGUCACGUAAAUACAUAUAUGCAGUGCUUGUUGUCCAAAUAAAAAUGAAAAUAAGUGGAAGAGAGAGGAAGAAGUCAAACCAUAUGAAACUGAAAAAAUAUGACGUACGAAAUGGACAAAAAGCUUUUUCUGAAACCAACUUUUUACUUCCAUCAUCCUUUUUUAGCCUGUUGCUUCAGAGAGACACAAAGUGAACACACUGGUGUGAAUGUCGCUCUCUGUGUGCUUGUGUUUGUAAUGAAAGUCUACAGCCAAUUUUACUUGUCUACCACCGUGUUGUGCUCAAAGAGACACUACUUGAGUAAAGAUUUCUUCUUUCCCUGUACCAACUGUUACAGUGUUACGUUGUGUUUAAAAUGUGUAUGGUUUAUUGCAAUCUGAACAGCGCUAUGGGUUUCUACCAUAAGUCAGGUUAUUUGUUCCCUAACCUGUCUCUCGUAGCAAAGUCACUUUUAUAACAGUUUACCACUAUGCUUGAUUAUAAUGUGAAAGACUGAAUUCUGAGUGUGUUAAGAUGGUAUUAAUCAUGUCAGUGUCAUGUCACUAAGUUUAAUGCUGCUGUUUUUAAAAAAAAAAAAAAAAGUUUUUUUAAAAAGCCAAUCUAUGUACUAAAUUGCUUCCAGGUAAUUUUUGAUUUCCUAAAGUGCACUGAGGUUAUCUGGAAGAUUGGGUGUAUUUUUUGGUGACUGCUGCAUUCAUCAGCAAUGAACAGUUUCCACUGUAUAGUCUUAGGGGUCAGGGGGUGGGGGUUUCAUUUUCCAUUCCUCAGCACAGAGCAGAAAUGAUAGAUUUUUGUUGUGUGGAGUAACGUUGGUAUGCAGCAGAGGAACGUAAACAUUUGGUCUUGGUUCAGAAGCCUAACAGAUUGCUAGACAAGAGAAAAAACUUGAAGAAAAAAGAAGCUUAAUUUCAUGCUUCAUAAGUAGCAUUUAUAUUUAUAGCACCAAUGUACAUUUUGAAACUUUCUUUCAGGGGUGGGAGUUAUGGGGAAGGGGUGGGUGUGAAGGGGUAGAUGAAAGCUUUAAUUUAGAAAGAAAGUUCGAGUAAAGGAAAUUAUUUUGAUUAAAUAUAUUUUAUUUGAUCUGGGUAUUUUUGGACCACAUUAUUAAAUUAAUUGUUAAGCUGCAGUUGAGUUGUUCAAGUGAGAGUUUUGAUAAACCACGUAUGGGCCGCAUUGUGAAUCACUUGCCAGUUGUACUUUAUGGAGCUUAUUUUAUGAUUUAAAAUACUGUACUGUACAUAGGAGGUAUGUUACCUUCUCCUUAUUUGUAUGUUUACCAUAUACUUUGAUAUUUGAAAUGUUAUGUACUGGAAAGGCCACUUAUAUUUCUAGAACAGAUUGGAUUUUAUGCAACCUUUUUUCCUUGAAUUAACAGCAAUAAAAAAAUGAAAAACAGCUUAAGAA